AUGCCAUGGCUGGGCCGUACUAAAUGCUGCUAUGCCUCCUCAACCUCUGCCUGCAGCUUUGCCAAGAAGGAGUCUGAUGCGGCUGGCGCCCAGGCCCGGCUCAGGGACAUGGAGACCCAGCUGAACUCAAAGGAGGCGGUGUUGGCCACCACUCUGUCAGAGAAGAGGGCCCUGGAGACUAGCCUGGCUGACCUGCAGGGAACCGUCCAGGAGGUAAAUGAUCAGAUAACAAUGAUGAUAACAAUGCAUUUCAUUUGUAACAGGCUUUCCUCCAAGUGCUACAGUGUGUGACGGCAGUACGGAUCAGGGAAAGUUAUUGUUAACGUUGUCGAACUUUUUUUUCCCUCAUUUGUCAAGAUUGUGAUUUUGUCAUGGCAACUGUUGGUCACCUAGCCUAUUGAUGACUAGCUGCACUGAAAUUGCAUGCUUAAAUUCAACGUUAUCUUUAUAGAAUUUGUUUUCAAAAUGAUGACAUUGACUAGUUCAAUUGCUGCUUGAGGGAAACUUAACUGUUGACGAAGCCAACUAUCAUGAAUAUAUUGGAGAUAGAAACAACACUAUUUAACUUGUAAUAAAAAUGCACCUGGAAGACUAGUUGAAAUAGAUCUCACAGCUGCUGAGCACAUUUAGAUAGACAUUUGGAUGUAGACCUUAUCUGAGGAGCUUUUGCAUCACUAGCCAGAAGGGGGCAAUAUAACCCAUCACCAUCUCAAUUACAUUGUGAAAAGAGGCUAUAGGAGGACGGGCUCAUUGUAAUGGCUGGAAUGGAAUCUAUGGAACGGAGUCAAACACAUCAAGCAUAUGGAAACUACGUUUUACUCCAUCCCGUUCAAUCCAUUCCAGCCAUGAUCCUGUCCUCCUAUUGCUCCUGCACACACCUACCCAGUCUUGUUCUUUCCCAAGCCUUAUUCAGUAUAUCUGAUUUCAGAAUAAGAGAUCCUCUUUGCCAUUCCUUUUCUAUCUGCAACAUUUUAAACAUCGCACCUUUUAUUGUUAAUCUUUUUUAUUGACAAUUUUACUCGGCGUCAUCGUGUUUUCUCAGUCCAGAACGACUUCAAAACACAUGGAAAAACUUCCAGUAGAUUAGAAGGAGAACUCACUCACGUAUCUUGUUGUUCUCCUACAGUUGGAGACUGGCCUGAUCUCCGCCAAGAAGCAGCUGGGAGAGGAGACUCUGCUGCGCAUCGACCUGGAGAAUCGCUACCAGAGUCUGUCCGAGGAGCUGGAGUUCCGCAAGAACAUGUUUGAGGAGGUCAGACAACUGUCCAACACCUCCAUUAGUUAUAACUAUAUACAUGUUCACAUUCAGAUACCUCUUUUUAUAUACACCAUUGGUUAUAGCACAGCUGUGUCUUUUUUUUUAGUGGGGAUGUUUGGUGCAGCAAAUGCAAAACUCACAGUAUACACCACAGCAGGUUGAUGCAAUGUGGACAGUUUUAAUUAUAAAGACUGCUUAACCUGGGUAACUGUAAAGGGAAAGGUGAUGUAUCUCAUGUAAAGGGAAAGGUGAUGUAUCUCAUGUGAACCAGGUAUACAGGUAUACUAUACAGGGCUUGACAUUAACGCCUGUCCGAAUGGACAAGUAAAACAAAUCACAAUAUCAAACAAUUGCACUGAUCAGACUUGGCUCGGUGUCCUCUGGACGUAACAAUUGAGUAUGCGUUGUUGAGUAUGACAUAAUGUUAUGGUAAAACAAGCCACCCCUCACAUGCCGUCAUUCUCAACAUGCCUUUAGCAUUCUAUUGCUAAGCACACCCUUUAGAGUGCCAUAUGGUCAAACACGUUUCCUUGAAUGUGCGUGCCUCACCUUGAACCAGAGCCGUGGAUUUAGAGUUGGGACUGCAACUUUUAGAAUUUAGAAUAUGGUUCUAAUUCUAUAAUCUUUUUUUGAAAAAUGUUAUAUUCCCCAUGUAAUGUUAAUGGAGAGCUAACAUGGCUGCCAUAGAAUGUUUAUAAGUGUCAUGUAAAUGCAUCAUAAUGCAGAAACCUCAUUGGCCCUACUCUCUGAAUACAUGGCUCUGCCUUGAACCAGCUCGUCUUCUGUUGUUCUUUGUCCAACACUGACUGAACUUUUGAGGAGGCACCAAGUUGAUGUAGGGUAGUGUUACACUUAUUACUAUGACGUUAUUAACGGGGCACAAGUCCUUUCUUCGACAAAAUUGGUGUUCUAAGAAGACCUGAUUUGAGUUAUUUAUAAUAACUUUAAGACUAAAAUUAGAAUAAUGGUAAUACAUUUAUUAAUCUGAAGGUAUGAAUUUUUUGAGAAUUAAUUGGAGUUCUUUCCCAGAAUAACAAGACGAACACAAGCUCUUUUAUAGAAUCAUCAUUUAGUAACACUAAUCUAAAUAUUUACAAACAUAAUCCAGUAUGAAAAAUGUAUGCACUCACUAACUGUAAGUCGCUCUGGAUAAGAGUGUCUGCUAAAAUGACUAAAAUGUCAAAAUUAGAAUGAUUGUGAAAAGGUAGGAAAUAGAAUUGAAAAGACCUAGAGAUCCUGAACAUUAAAUGUUAUUUAUACUAAAUCUGAGAUCAAAGCCUUUGAUCCUUGGCUAGGCCUCAUGGUAGAGAAUGAAGGAGACGAGAUGUCCGUGUGUUCUCUGGUCCUGAGUUGAUUCCUUGAGCUUGUUGCUGCUGGCUGUGUCCUUUCUUGUUGAUCUUUUCCUCUUCUGAGUUGGCUCGUUCCUUGUUGCCCUGUUGGCUUCCUCCGAGUUGGCUCGUUCCUUGUUGCCCUGUUGGCUUCCUCCGAGUUGGCUCGUUCCUUGUUGCCCUGUUGGCUUCCUCUGAGUUGGCUCGUUCCUUGUUGCCCUGUUGGCUUCCUCUGAGUUGGCUCGUUCCUUGUUGCCCUGUUGGCUUCCUCUGAGUUGGCUCGUUCCUUGUUGCCCUGUUGGCUUCCUCUGAGUUGGCUCGUUCCUUGUUGCCCUGAGCUCUAAAGUGUCUUCUCCUUUUGUUGAAGGUGAGCUUAAAAGGUAACGUUCUGGCUACACUCGCUCUUUUUAAAGUCUUAUGUCUUCAUCUGCGAUUGUUUAGUAUAUGGGCUCUUCUGUCCCAAUUCCCAAACAUUUACAUUUACAUUUUAGUCAUUUAGCAGACGCUCUUAUCCAGAGCGACUUACAGUUAGUGAAUGCAUACAUUUUCAUACUGGCCCCCCGUGGGAAACGAACCCACAACCCUGGCGUUGCAAGCGCCAUGCUCUACCAACUGAGCUACAGGGGACUGUAUCAAAAAGGCGCUUUCCUUAACUUCUGAGAAAUGGUGGCGCCCAGAGCAGGGCAGAGAGGACAAGGACCAGAGAGGCUAAGAGAGUGAGGGGGAAACAGCAGAGUCCUUUUUGUAGUCCUGUGAGGUCACAUGGUAUCAGCCCUAGGUGUGAAGGGCCACUAUGACCCUUUCUCUUGGAGAGAGAGCUUGGAGGAACUCAGUAGUGCAUAACAGUUCAGCAUUAUAGACAGACAGUAAAUGGAUGUUUUAACUUUGUUCAAAAUAUGACAUUAAAACAACACGUCGCUACAUUGACCUCUAACCCCCCCGUCUGUUUUGUAGGAGAUCAAGGAGACACGGAGGAGACACGAGACGCGUCUGGUGGAGGUGGACUCUGGCCGGGCCGUGGAGUAUGAGUUCAAACUGGCCCAGGCCCUGACUGAGAUGAGAGGGCAGCAUGAUGAGCAGGUCAAACUGUACAAGGACGAGAUGGAGAACACUUACGUGGCCAAGGUGAGACGGAAAACAAACACACACACACACCUGUUAACUUGUGGCAAAGGUGUGAUAUGCAUACACAUAUACAACCUGCCAAGGUGCGAGGCAGAAACACACCAUCCCAGAUCCUCCUUGAUGCAGACGGUGGAUGUCCCAUUAUUGUUUGGUCAUAUACCAAGGCUUCUAGGAGAUUCAGUUCCUGACUGGCUGUGGAAUUGAUCAUAAAGUAAACCUCAUUCCAGUGGGUCUCGCCAUGCUGGGGUGACCUAUUGGGAACAUUGCAUGUAAAUCUGUGUCGAAAACGUACUAGUUAUUGGAUACCAAAAAAGUCACAUCAACUAGCGUAGCGUUACACAUUAAAUCUAAAAGACCCAUCUCUCGUAUUGCACUUCCUCCCUGGCUGGUCAGGAAGCCCUCUGUGUGACAUUCACUUCCUCUUUGUGAGGCGUUGCUCGAGCCAUCCUUCCGUAUGUGUGAAAUAGACAUUGUUUCUACCAACAUAAACCAUUUUAACUCUGUUCUGUCCUCCUGUGUACCCUGGUGCAGCUGGAGAACGUGCGCCUGUCGUCGGAGAUGAACAGCUCGUCGGCCAGCAUGGCCCGCGAGGAACUCCGGGAGUCGUCCCUGCGUGUGGAGAGCCUAGCGUCCCAGCUGGCCAGCAUGCAGAAAGAGGUGAGACGUCAUCGAUCAAAUGUAUUGUAAAGGCCUUUUUACACGAUUGAGGUGACUAGUAAUAAUGGUACACCUACUGGGGACAAUCUAAUGACAAUGGCUACGAUGCCAUCGAGUUGCUUUUUAAAGACUUGAGUGUUUAGGCUACACAUUUAGACCAGAGCCUGAUACUUAAGCUAGCCAGCGUAAGAGAUGAUAUGGAGGAUACAGGAAUAAUGUUACACAGGAAUAAUGUUAUACAGGAAUAAUAAUGUUACAUACAAGUGCAUACAACACGUGCUCAGUCUAUUGUAUUGUCAAUUCAGACUGUGCAACCGAUUGCGUUCACCUAUGCAUUCCCCCCAACGUGUUGAAAACCAAUAGGGUUGAAUGCAUUUUUUUCACGCAUGCUGAAAGGCUUGAUAAGUCGCCUAUUAGCUGAAUCAGGUGUGUUAGUACUAGAACAAAAGGUGUUCACACUGUGGGACCCCAGGCCUGGGAUUGAAGAACACUGUGGGCCCCCAGGCCUGGGAUUGAAGAACACUGUGGGCCCCCAGGCCUGGGAUUGAAGAACACUGUGGGCCCCCAAGCCUGGGAUUGAAGAACAUUGUGGCCCCCCAGGCCAGGGAUUGAAGAACACUGUGGGCCCCCAGGCCAGGGAUUGAAGAACACUGUGGGCCCCCAGGCCAGGGAUUGAAGAACACUGCGGGCCACCAGGCCUGGGAUUGAAGAACGCUGCUAGUUGGAAGGAGUUAGACUGGAAGGGAAAUGGGCAUAGCUCCACUUUUCAGCAUGAAACCUGGGUCCUGUUCAGUAGGGAGAAUCUACUGUGUCCCACUGAACACAACCCUAACCUGUAAAAUAUCUCUCCUCCAGACCCGUGGAUGGCAGGACCGGAUCCAGGAGCUGGAGUCAGCCCUGGCCCAGGAGAGGGACACCAGCCGCAGGAUGCUGGGGGAGAAGGAGCGGGAGAUCGCAGAGAUCCGGGCCAAGAUGCAGCUGCAGCUGGAUGAGUACGAGCAGCUGCUGGAUGUCAAACUGGCCUUGGACAUGGAGAUCAACGCCUACAGGAAACUACUGGAGGGAGAGGAGGAGAGGUGAGGGUGAAGAGACACGCCUAUACAGAGAUCAAUGCCUACAGGAAACUACUGGAGGGAGAGGAGGAGUGACUCAUACAUGCACUUAUCAUGACUCAUGCAACAGUCACACUUGCAACUACAUGCACACACAAAGUUCUGCACGAAUGCAGAUGUACUAGAGGUGAACACAUACAGAGAGAAUGUACUGGAGGGCAAGGUGAGCACAUACAGAGAGAAUGUACUGGAGGGCAAGGUGAGCACAUACAGAGAGAAUGUACUAGAGGGCAAGGUGAGCACAUACAGAGAGAAUGUACUAGAGGGCAAGGUGAGCACAAACAGAGAGAAUGUACUAGAGGGCAAGGUGAGCACAUACAGAGAGAAUGUACUAGAGGGCAAGGUGAGCACAUACAGAGACAAUGUACUAGAGGGCAAGGUGAGCACAUACAGAGAGAAUGUACUAGAGGGCAAGGUGAGCACAUACAGAGAGAAUGUACUAGAGGGCAAGGUGAGCACAUACAGAGACAAUGUACUAGAGGGCAAGGUGAACACAUACAGAGAGAAGUGGGGGAAAAGACCAACACAUCAUUCAGACCUAAACAUCAGUCAUCUUCUCUUUGGAGUGUUUGGCUCCCCUCUCUGUCCUGUUCUGGACCGUGUCCCAGGCUGAUGUGAUGUUGAGUCUGUCCUGUUCUGGACCGUGUCCCAGGCUGAUGUGAUGUUGAGUCUGUCCUGUUCUGGGCCGUGUCCCAGGCUGAUGUGAUGUUGUCUGUCCUCUUCUGGGCCAAUGUCCCAGGCUGAUGUGAUGUUGAGUCUGUCCUGUUCUGGACCGUGUCCCAGGCUGAUGUGAUGUUGAGUCUGUCCUCUUCUGGGCCAUGUUCCAGGCUGAUGUGGUGUUGAGUCUGUCCUCUUCUGGGCCAUGUCCCAGGCUGAUGUGAUGUUGAGUCUGUCCUGUUCUGGACCGUGUCCCAGGCUGAUGUGAUGUUGAGUCUGUCCUGUUCUGGACCGUGUCCCAGGCUGAUGUGAUGUUGAGUCUGUCCUGUUCUGGGCCGUGUCCCAGGCUGAUGUGAUGUUGUCUGUCCUCUUCUGGGCCAAUGUCCCAGGCUGAUGUGAUGUUGAGUCUGUCCUGUUCUGGACCGUGUCCCAGGCUGAUGUGAUGUUGAGUCUGUCCUCUUCUGGGCCAUGUUCCAGGCUGAUGUGGUGUUGAGUCUGUCCUCUUCUGGGCCAUGUCCCAGGCUGAUGUGAUGUUGUUUAAAGGUUGUGUAGGUAGUCUUCCAGUUGGAACACAUGCAUACACAUCUAUGUAGAUUCUUCAUGCAGGAGAAAUGCUAACUUCCUAGUUUGUCUAUCACUCGUCAUAAGCUGACACGUUGUCUAGGUGUUACAGAGAAUAUCAUGGUGUUAGUUUAAUGUAUCUCUCAUACCCAUUCUCUCUCUCUCUCUCUCUCACUCUAUCCCUCUCCCUUCAUUAGACUGAAGCUGUCCCCCAGCCCGUCGUCCCGUGUCACCGUCUCCCGUGCCCAGUCCAGCUCCCGCAGCGUGCGUACCACCCGGGGCAAGAGGAAGCGUGUGGAUGUGGAAGAGCAGGAGGCCAGCAGCUCUGUCUCGAUCGCCCACUCCGCCUCCACCACCGGCCCUGUGUGUAUUGACGAGCUCGACACUGAUGGGAAGUUCAUCCGCCUGCACAACACCGCCGAUGAGGUGAGGGGUGGCAGAUGAGUGGGACACACGCCAUACACAUACACACACACACACACACUACAUACACACACCCAUACACAAACACUGGCACACACACACACACACUGUUAUCGAAUGUUCUCGCAUACAUUUGAAUGUGUGUGUGUUCUCAAACCUCAGUGUGCGCUCAGACACUCGUUGCUUUUGUUUGAAAGCAGAAUUUCACCGGUAAUGAUGGAGGCUGUGUUCCAGAUCGUCUGCAAAGCAUUUGGUCGUUUGAUAUCCUGUCGAUGCAGUCACUGACAUUUGAAACUCUUAUCCAGAUGUGAGAUGGUGCGUGACUGCUUUGCAGACCGUCUGGAACAGAGCCAUAGUUUUGAGCAUGUGUGGUGCAGACAUGACAAGGUGCUCAACUGCAUCUGAGGCCUAACAACCCCCUCUAGCUGUGACAAUAUCCUAUAAACCAGUGGGGACCCAAUUAAUUUUCACCCAAAUUUCUGGUGACCCCAUCCUCCCGCCCCAAAUCUAAUGUCACAACCUUAAAAUAUGUAUGUUUAGAUUUUUAGACCAACAAAUAACCUUCAAUUCAUUACAUUUGAUCAAAAUGUAAUAUUUAUAUUUUUCUAAAACAUUUUUUAUAUUGUCCCAUACAAUCUGUAUUCUUUAUUUUGUUCCACUGCAAUUCCCCCAACCCCAACUUUGAAUACCACAGCUUAAACCACAACCUGUGGCAUUAUCACUUAAACUAUACACCCAGAGUUAAUCAAACACGUUUUGGAGAGGAACACACACGUGGCCAGUGCUCCCUUGAAAAAGAGAUGAAUAUGUCAGUGGUACCGUAUAUAAAGGGUACUUAUAGAGAACUCAUGUUUUCCCGUGUCCUCUUCCCCAGAACCAGGCCAUGGUGGGCUAUGAGCUGACCAGGACCAUCGGAGAGGUCUCUGCCACCUACAAGUUCACCCCCAAAUUUGUCCUGAAGGCAGGCCAGAAAGUCACGGUAAGACUACCUUUUCUGCUAGUUAAUGGCCUGAAUACCUGCUUUCCUGUGUAUUAUGUUGCUUCACUGUAACCUUCAAUUCAUUACAUUUGAUCCAAAUGUAAUAUUUAUAUUUUUCUAAAACAUUUUUUAUAUUGUCCCAUACAAUCUGUAUUCUUUAUUUUGUUCCACUGCAAUUCCCCCAACCCCAACUUUGAAUACAGAUUGUAUGGGACAAUAUAAAAAAUGUCCCAUAUAUGCUACCCACUGUAGAGCGGAGUUAGAUUUCUCUGUGGUGAAACAAGCAGAUAUUUGAUCUGUCUCUCUGUCUGUCUCUGUGUGUCCCCCAGGUGUGGGCGUCCAAUGCAGGUGUGGCCUCCAGCCCCCCCACAGACUUGGUGUGGAAGAGCCAGGCGUCCUGGGGCACAGGGGAGGACGUCCAGGUGCUGCUACUCAACCCUCAGGGAGAGGUACAGAACCCUUAAUCCAAUUUAUGUAGCACGACCGCUUCUUAUGAAGCAUUUAUACAAGUCUUAUAAAGGACUUAUGGAGGCCUGAGUUAUUGUUAAGUUGUCGCUUUAAAGUGGGCCCCAUAUGUCUGUCUCUCCUUGGCCCCGUCUGUAAACAACCCCUAGUCCGCUGUAGUCAUUUUUUUUUUUUCAUUAGGCGCGCCCUGUUCCACCUUUUUACUGCUGCUGUCAAAGCAGCUUUCCAAUCAGCUCUCCUUAGUUCAGUCUCCUGGAUCAGUUGUUAUGGGGCGUAACGCACCUGCAUUCAAUAGGGCAGUGUUCAAUAGGGCACACUGUAGAAAAUGUUUUUUUACGGAAAUCGAAAAACAACUUUCUUACUGGACAAGUUCAGGUAGUCCCUCGUUUUCUUCAGUUCGGUGCCUAAUGAACACAACCUGGGUUUCUUCCUGUUUCCAGGAGGUGGCCAGGAGGAGCACCUCGUACAAGACAGCCAUGGAGGAAGAGGAGGAUGAGGAUGAUGAGGGAGUGGAGGUCAUCGAGGAAGAUCUCUUCCACCAGCAGGUAAAUACACUGUAAAUAACAUGAAACUUUAUGGGGAACCAUAGCUAUUUUCUGCAAUGAAAUAUUUGUUUGGAUUAGAAUUGAGUGAUUAUGGACUGAAAGAAAAUAACUAGAGAAAGCCCACGCAACACUGUCUUGCAAAAAUCACCAUGUUAGAGUAGUAUUAGACUGACAGAGAAUAUACUGUGGUAUUGGCAUGUAGCUUUUUUCAACAAAAUAUUUUUUUGAUGUGAUUGUGUCGAUCGACUGAAUGUUAUUGUUUUGUGGCUUUCCAGGGAGACCCACGUGCCACCAAGAGGGGUUGCUCCAUAAUGUGAUCACACCAGCACUACUCCACCCCACUGCCCUAUACCUCACCCCACCCCUUCACAACCCUCUCUCUCAACCAGUAUCAGCUGCCAACCGAACUACCACAGAACUAUUUUGUAUCUUUUUAGUGUAUUAUAAGAACUGUGUGAAUUUCUAUUCUGUUCUUUUUAGUUAGAAAUUCCUAAUUUCUCAAGAUUGUAAAACCGUUAUUUUUUUCUACAUUUUUUUAUGUGAAAUCUUAAAACGAACCAUCACUACUUGCAUUUUUUUCUGAACCAAAUUAUGUUUUCUAGUCCCGGUAGUUUAUUUUGUAGAGUAUUACUUUGGACAGCUCUGUGCAGGAGAGGCAGCUUGCUGAAUGAAUCUGUACCUCGAGGUGCUGUGACUUUUUGUUUUUACAUCUGAUUUUCGAUAAAUAUAACAUUUUAACAGCCUCUUUUAUAGAAGGUAAUUUUAUUAUAGUGUUUUUUUCUCUCUCAGAUACUAGUUAGACAGCCAGGUUGUUGCAUACUUCAGAAUGUAGUUAAUGUUUAUGUGAAACUCUAAAGAAUAAAGCUUUCCAAUUUGAAAGAAGCACGCAGCUUUUCUAAAUGGUCCUCCAUUCGUGUACUUACAGAUGACCACUUUUGGUAUUGGCAAAGUUUUGUCUGAACGUUACACACUAGACCACAAGGUGUCAGUGUUCCAUUAGCUAGUUUUCCAUCCAAUUGGCGACAGAUU